AUGCUAACCAAUACUGACCACAGGACUACGGGACUCAAAACGACUUCACUAGUCGUAUCUGCCGGUGCUGAUGCUGUGUACCUACUUUUUAUGGUCCUUCACCUUGACUCACUCAAAGGAUACAUGGUCACAGUGUGUGGUUGGCUGGUUUCCGCGGUAAUUUUAUUCAACCUGAUCGGUAUCGAGACUCAGCAGCAUCAGCAAGCCCAAGCCAACACCAACCAGCACUCGAUAUAUACAGAGAGCUUUUACGCUUGCAUCAUAGCCGCAGGACUGUACACUCUAUCAGCGAUUCUGCUCGCAGUUUACAUGCUCAGCGCGAAAGCGAAGACUUUCACUUCGGCAGACAGGCGAUUGAUUGAAUGCACUAGCAUUGUCUUCCGCGUCAAUAUCUUUGUCAUUUUUCUUCUCGGUGGAGCAGCUAUAUACAGUAGCAUUGAAGGCUGGUCAUUGAUAGACGCUCUGUAUUUCACUGACUAUACCCUUCUCACCAUCGGUAUCGGGAACCUAACUCCCCAAACUCAUCUCGGCCGAAGUCUACUAUUUCCUUAUGCCACUAGCGGUAUCGUCAGCCUAGGCCUUGUCAUAACGUCUAUGACAUCUUUCAUCAGUCGGAUAAGGGACAUGAAGCUUAGGCAUAUAAUUCAAACCGCUCGACAAGGGUUCUCUAGCGCAGCAGUUCUAGAAAACGAACCACUCGAGAUUCGAUUCCCCAAAUGGACAGAAAUCAUGGAGUUGCAUACGAUCAAGUCCGACUUUUAUCGAAGGCGAAGAUGGGCAGAACUAGGGCUGUCUCUGAUUGCAUGGUUUCUCCUAUGGUUUCUUAGCGCUGCAAUUUUUCGUCAAUCCGAAACACAAGACGACUGGACGUACUUCGUUGCGCUAUACUUUACCUUCACCUCUCUCACGACUAUUGGUUACGGAGACUACUAUCCUCAGAGCAAUUUCGGCAGGGUUUUCUUUGUCUUUUGGUCUCUUUUGGCUCUCCCAAUCCUCACAAACCUGGUCUCAGUCAUGGGUGAUGUGUUUCACACAUGGUUGAAAUAUAUUUCCAGCCAUGUAUGGAGACACUUGUUUUACAAGUGUCGCACGCGCGAACCUCAUGAGCACGAGUGUACAAGACACUCAUACAUUACGUCGAAUGUUCCAAGCGGCUUGGGUUGUACUGAACAUACACAGGUCAAAUCUAGGAUGGUCUCAAUACAGUUUCAGCUACAGCUUGCUCAAGAGAUCCAGAGUCUCCUUUCUGCGAUGACAGAUGAGUCUCUUGAGCACAAGGAAAAAAUUUGUUGCACUUGGUCGAGGAUUAUUCCUCUGCUCCAUGCAGGGGAAUACAAUGCUAGCUGUUCGUCUGAGCGCACACCUUUUGUCCCUCCAAAGUCCGAAAAUGAGAUGAUGACAAAGUUCAUGGAUCCCCUGAAAGAACCGGCAGAUAGAAAUGCCGAGAUUUCGUGGAUGCUGACGUUGUUAGUGGAGAAACUUUGUUUGGAUUUGCGUAAUGAGCUAUCUGAGAUCAUGUGA